UUGAGACAAUUGUACUACACAACCCAAUGCUGCAGUCACCGCGCACGAAAAAGGUGGCGAUUGUUCGCGAUCCAGACAUGACUAGCGUGCUGCCGCAGUCCACGUCAUACAACGUAUAUCCGUUCCAAGGGCUCCAGUCUCCCCCCAAGGCUCCCCGGACUGCCUCCAAAACGCCACCCAAACGACUCAAACAACUCGACAAACCAGCCUUCGCCCAAACCACGGCCGUGCAGCAGAAUCCGUCGUGGUUCCCCAUGACUCGGCCGUACUCGCCUCUUGGCACGGUGUCCCCCACAGCUGUGAUGCAUCACUUGAGCGAAGAACAGCACCCCCACGUCAAGCCCCACGACUUGCGCCAAAUCGAAGCGUGGCUGCUCGGGUUUGAACAAGAGGCGCAGUCGUUCACGUCGUACUUUUUGUUUUGCGAGCUCAAGUUCCAGCAGUCCGCCGUGUUGGCUACGGGUCGCGAUAUCCCGAAUCGUCUGCGCACGGCGGUGGCCUUCUACUGCCUCCAACAAGCGUCGUCCAUUUUUGGGCGGUACCAGUCUGUCCUGGACACGAUUUGCGUGAAUUUGGGGUCGGCCAUCUACACGAGCUUUGCCACGUUACGGCGCGGCCGACACCUCACCGCCCUCGAGUGCUACCACGCGGGGCUUACCUACUUUGACCAAGUGAAUUCGUUGCAGCACGAGAACUCGUCGUUGCAUUCGAACAAAUCGACGGUCGACGAGUUGCUCGUGCGACUCGAGCAACGGGUCAAGGAACUCGAAGCCGAAAACGCCGACCUGCGCUCGUCCUUGGCCAGUGGCAGCUACGGGGGUAGUUCUUCCUCAACGACGACCCAAGCCGUGAGCGCGUUCACCAAGCUCGCGUUAAGCAACGACUUCAACCCCGCCGCGAAUAUGGAGAAACGAGAGAAGAUGGGGUACAUCCUCAAGACAUUCAAGGCCCUCCAAGGCAACGAACAGAUGCAAGUGCUGCUCAGCCAGAUGGAGCUGCUCGGGGCGAACGCUGAAGUGCUGUUUAAUAUGAUCCACGCUCUGCCCAGCCUCGAACGAAAUACCCUGCUGGAUCGCCUUUUCCAAGACAAAGUUCAAGUCAUGCGCUCGCAAUGGGCGACCGAAGCGGCGGUGCGUGUAGUGCAGCAGCAAAACGACGACGCCAACCAGCACAAGCAACGGCUUGUCAAGUACCAAGCACUCAUCCAGGACGUUCUCGCUGGGAUUCACGUGUCUGCGCUGGAUAUUCCCUCUCAAGAUAAAGGCACGAUCGAAGCGUUGGCAAGUCUUGUGGAGGCGUUGGCUCAAGAAAAGGAGAAAGUCAAGCGGUACGAAGCGCGGGUAUUUGGUAUGACGGUGAUCCAUGCCAAGAACGAAGCACUGGCUAAGGGCAACUGGAUCGACAAGUGCCAGGAGUUGCAGGCCAAGUUGGACGCCGCCGAAGCCGACCGGUCGCAACUUUCUCAGCAACUCGACUCGAUCCACGAAAAGGUCGAGGCGGAGCGCGUGGAGCGCGCGGCUCGGGUCGCCGCUUCGGAAGACAAACAAACGCAAGUGCGCCCCGACGAGCUGCAAAAGGCCAUGAUGCACAGCGAAAACAACAACGAGCGCAAGCUGGUCCAGCCGGGGUUCACUGGAUCAAAAGGACACAAGUCGUUUAUCGGGCUAUACUUGAUGAUCCAGGAAGCCAAUUAUUCGGUCGCCAGUGUCAAGCGCAUCUUAGCCAAGAAGCGUCCACUGAGUAUGCUCGAGCUGCAUCAAGUCAUCUCGGGAUUCUACCAAACCAAGAUGAGUCAAGACAUUGCCGACGACAACAUGCACCGCCAUCGCGAAGGGCUAGCACAAAUGUUGUUGGAUUCGUACACUGUGUACUAUGGGCUACGGGAGCUCGCUAUGGGCCAACUCAUUACCCUCGACUCGGCGAUUCGAAAACACGCUGCGAAAAGCGCGCGCAUUCGAUUGUUUGGGCUGCUCGUGGGGUCGCUUGAGCCGGGUAGUUAUGCAUCGUCGGCGGCGGCGAUUGAUUUCCUGUUAUUUGUCGUGGGGGUGUUGUUCAAUGUGGGCAACUACCGAAUGCAUGAAGAAAGAGCGCAAACGAAUGCCAAGCAGUUGAAAUCGUGGUUUGGAGAUGGCAUGACGGGCAGUCCCAACUGCACGACUAUACCCCUCGACAAGUUGAUCCAGACGGUUCAAAUCGUGUUUGCACACAGCCACGUUACGAUCAAAUUUAUGCAAGACCUGUGCCACUCGCAAAACGAGCACGGCGAAGUCGAGCUCGAUGUGGCGUUAGAGUCUAUCGUGUAUUACUGGCUCAAACUAUAUGCCGAACAGAUUGUCACCAUGCACAACGUGUUUCAGCUGGGCGACAAGGACACGAACGGUGUGUUGGACUUCGCCGAAUUCAGGUGCAAAAUUGCUUGGUUGCUAGGCCACUUUCUGACGAAUAGGGGAAAUCCCAUUGGUAUAGUGACGUGGUGCAUCACUUGGACCCAGACAUGACCCGACGAGACUGCUUGGAUCUGUACAACCGCGUAGCUGGGGCAGACAACGUGAUUGACAAGGAGGAGUUUGUCAUGGGCAUGAUUUUGCACCAGCGGGACAUCGGCCUCAAGUCGUACUUCGCUGCUGAUCACUCGUUGGCGACGGGUUCCGUCACGACCCCCCCAACGUCGUCGUCAGCCCCCAAUUCGACAACCAAUCAUAAUGGCGGGUCAACGGUGCCCGUGGCAACCAAACGCACCAACGUGAAGUCGGCAGGAGAGGGGGGAUAUCACCCCCAGCUCCCGUUCAACCCCGUGCGUCAACUCACGAUGCUCGUGUCUAAGUUUAAGGACGGCACGAGGGCGUUUGCAGAAGGCAGCUCGUCCGAACCGAAUGUGAACUGGGAAGACGGAGUUGAUGCCAUUGUCGACCAGUUUAUGAGCCACAAGCACCUCAGCGACGAGCAGUUGACGGGGUCGUAAGAUGCUCGAAGUACUAUUUUUAGUUGAGUUUUUGAUGGGGUGUAUAUAUACGAGACAAACAAACAUUUCAGUGACGUG